UUCUUAUUUGACCUCUGACAUGAACGACGGCAAUCGACUGUGAGGCGCUGGUGGACGCUUUGCUCUUCCUUAUUGGAGAUCAUCUUCGGGUGUUCCCGGAACUGCGAUUUUGAAUUCAAUUUAGUUGAUAUGGAAGUCGAUGAUGAUUACGUGGAGUAUGUGCCCGUGGCUAAGCGUAGGGCCAUGGAGGCUCAGAUGGUUCUUGAACGAAAAGGGAAAUCUUCCUCAACAGUCGAUGGUGAUUUGGAGAAGUCAAGAAUGGCUGAAGCUAAACCUAGUCUUCUGGUUAAGGCUUCCCAGUUGAAACGGGAUCAACCUGAAAUUAGUCCGACAGAGCAGAUUGUUCGACAGGAAAAGGAGAUGAUUGAGAACUUAUCAGAUCGAAAAACCCUAAUGUCUGUUCGAGAAUUGGCUAAAGGAAUCACUUAUACGGAGCCUUUGCCUACGGGAUGGAAGCCGCCUUUACCCAUUAGAAGAAUGUCUAAAAAGCAACGUGAUUUGAUUCGGAAGCAGUGGCACAUAUUAGUCGACGGUGAAGAUAUUCCGCCUCCAAUUAAGAAUUUCAAGGAUAUGAGGUUUCCUGAGUCAAUUUUGAACAAGUUGAAAGCCAAAGGGAUUGUGCAGCCAACACCUAUUCAAGUGCAAGGCCUUCCUGUUAUCUUAUCUGGAAGGGAUAUGAUUGGGAUUGCAUUUACAGGAUCGGGGAAAACUCUAGUCUUUGUAUUACCAAUGAUCAUGCUAGCUUUGCAGGAGGAAAUUAUGAUGCCUAUUGUUCCCGGAGAAGGUCCAUUUGGUUUGAUUGUUUGUCCUUCGAGGGAACUCGCUAGGCAAACAUACGAGGUGGUUGAGCAGUUUCUGAUGCCUUUGAGAGAAACUGGAUAUCCUGAACUCAGGCCUUUGCUUUGUAUUGGUGGAGUGGAUAUGAGAUCUCAGCUAGAGGUUGUGAAGAAGGGUGUUCAUAUUGUUGUCGCCACCCCCGGGAGGUUGAAGGAUAUGCUGGCCAAGAAAAAGAUGAAUCUUGAUAAUUGCAGGUAUUUAACAUUAGAUGAGGCUGAUAGAUUGGUAGAUUUGGGAUUUGAAGAUGACGUAAGAGAAGUGUUUGAUCACUUGAAAGCUCAAAGGCAGACUCUCUUAUUUUCUGCCACUAUGCCAACCAAGAUUCAGAAUUUUGCUCGAAGUGCCCUGGUGAAACCUGUUAUUGUCAAUGUGGGGCGAGCAGGGGCGGCAAAUCUUGAUGUAAUCCAGGAAGUGGAGUAUGUUAAGCAAGAGGCAAAAAUAGUUUAUCUUCUUGAGUGCCUGCAAAAAACCCCACCUCCAGUUUUAAUAUUCUGUGAGAACAAGGCAGAUGUGGAUGACAUUCAUGAAUAUCUUCUUCUGAAAGGAGUUGGAGCAGUGGCUGUUCAUGGAGGCAAAGAUCAGGAAGAAAGAGAGUAUGCCAUUGCAGCGUUUAAGUCUGGGAAGAAAGAUGUGUUGGUUGCAACUGAUGUUGCAUCCAAAGGGUUGGACUUCCCUGAUAUUCAGCAUGUUAUUAACUAUGACAUGCCUGCUGAGAUUGAAAAUUAUGUUCAUAGGAUUGGUCGAACUGGAAGAUGUGGCAGGACAGGCAUAGCAACAACAUUUAUUAACAAGAAUCAAAGUGAGACAACCUUGCUUGAUUUGAAACAUCUGUUGCAAGAAGCAAAACAGCGCAUUCCCCCUGUUUUAGCUGAUUUGAACGAUCCAAUGGAAGAUAAUGAUGAAAUCACUGGUAAAAGUGGGGUCAAGGGUUGUGCCUAUUGUGGUGGGCUUGGUCACCGCAUUCGCGACUGUCCCAAGCUGGAACAUCAGAAAAGCAUGGCCAUUGCAAAUAGUAGAAAGGACUAUUUUGGUGGUGGUGGAUACAGGGGAGAGAUCUGAAAGGCGCCACUUUUUGUAUCAGUUUAUUUUAGGAUGGGCGUGUUUUGGUAGUUGUAAUACGACUCUUAUGUAUAGUUGUAUCUUAUCUUCGUAGGAUGAAAUAUAAAGAACUGCAUACCUUAAUUAUCCAUAUCUAUGGAUCUUCCAUCUGGAUUGUGCUAUAUUUUCAUCUGACUGUAGAUUGUAACGUAUUUGGUUCUGGCCAAUAAUCGCUUUCAUGAGGUGUAUUGUUGCCGCAA